CGAGGCCUGACAGGGAAUAGGAAGAAGAAAUAAAAACAACAUCAGCUCCGCUGGGCGAGUGACAGUGAGAGAAUAUAUGAUACUAGCUAGCUGUUAAAAUUGUUGAAUUCUGUUCAUUGCGGUUGCAGUUGUAGAUAGCGAGUAUCAAUCGUUGUUAUUACUUAGCGCAAAUAUGUCUUUGUUCGGGAAGUUAUUUGGAACUGGAGGUAAAGGUGGGAAAUCUGCUAGCCCUCAGGAGGCGAUCCAGCGACUUCGAGAGACAGAAGAAAUGUUGACGAAGAAACAGGAUUUUCUGGAGAAAAAGAUUGAACUGGAAUUGCUCACUGCGAAGAAGAAUGGCACAAAAAACAAAAGAGCUGCUCUGCAGGCCUUGAAACGGAAGAAGCGGUACGAGAAGCAGCUGAGCCAGAUCGAUGGCACACUGUCCACUAUCGAGUUCCAGAGGGAGGCACUAGAGAACGCCAACACCAACACUGAAGUGCUAAAGAACAUGGGCUUCGCCGCCAAGGCCAUGAAGGCGGCCCACGAAAACAUGGACAUAGACAAAGUGGAUGACUUAAUGCAGGACAUCACAGAGCAGCAGGAGCUUGCUCAAGAAAUUUCUGACGCUAUUUCUAAACCUGUAGGGUUUGGAGAGGAAUUUGAUGAGGAUGAUCUCCUGGCAGAAUUGGAAGAACUGGAACAAGAGGAACUAGACAAUAACCUGCUGGAAAUCGCUGGCACAGAGAAUGUACCGUUGCCAAAUGUACCAUCUACCUCCUUACCUGCAAAGCCAGCAGUACACAAGAAGCAAGAGGAAGACGAGGAUGACAUGAAGGAUCUGGAGGCAUGGGCCGCCAAUUAGCCACUGAUAACCUGCCACAGGUGGAAACGAAAGACUGCGGUUUAGUGUGAUUUAUUUGUGUUUGGGAAAAGAUAGUGAAAAAUUAAUGAAUAUACAGAGACUUUAGAAAAUCAACAAAAAAACAGACAAAACAUCAACUUGACAAGCUUUCGCUUACUGUCCCGCUCAGCCUUCUAUUGAGAGGCAAUGGCAUGAUUUGGGGCGACCAAACUAAAUUGGCUCAUUAAAAAUGUUUUCUUUUCUGUGCGUCACACACAUGGUUGUUCUGUUAAGCAUUGCUGCACUCCUUCCACCCCUUUUUCUUAGUCCACUGAAUAUAUUUUAAAGAAAGUAUAAAAAUGACUCCUCCACAUUGAUAAACUUCCAUGUUGCAAAAAUGUGUAAUACCUCAUACCGCACAUGUUUAAUGCCCCUACACUUAGAGAUACUGCAAUACUCUUUAUUCAUUUGUUUCUACACUACAUGUGUCUUCAUUCAUUUGUUUCAUCAGUGUCAUGUGUUCACAUGGCAAUCAGCUGUUUGUCAAUCUGUUUAUCAAGAUAUGCAGUUAGAAUAGACCUACAUUAUUAUUAUUAGCAAUUUACAGCAGGUAGGUUUGAUUCCUGUCUUUUGGGCUAUUGGUGUUGGGCUUACAUUUGAUUUUGGCUAGAUUUAUUACACUAGAUCAUGAACAUUCUUCCAAAUACUCUGGCGUUUUAAAACAGGCAAAUAUCUAAGGGACAAGUCCACAUGGGAUCCCUGAAAUGUUUCUCUGGGAGAUUGUUAAAACAGUCACUGAAAAGUGAAAGGACUUUACCUCCAACUACUUACAUUUUGCAAAACACGUUGACAUUUCUCUUGAAAUGUCGGUUCUGUGUAAUUGAAGUGACUGUAAGAGUAUGCACGCCUCUGUGAGUGUGUGUGUUUGUUCAUUUUGAUCUUUAAAAGCCAUUAACACUAAAGGUUUAAAAAAUGGUUUAGGGUUUGAGCUUUUUGGAGUUCUAAGAUUUAUUAUUUUUAUGAUAUGCUGUUAUGUGAAUUGAUUGUAUUCAGACUUCAAGUCACAGGCAGACAGAAUUAUUUAGCAUCAUGGCUUUUCCAACUUUGUCGACCUUCCCCACUAUUUUGUAUUUCACCAAGCUGCUUCAGAUGUUUUUACAAUUUUUCUAUUUUCCCUCAAAUGUAUAUUUCUGUCUAAAUUCUAGCUCCAGAAAGGGGAAAGAAAUCCUGUAGUAUGAAAGCAUCAUUAUGUCUUAUAUGCUCUAAUAUAGGUUGUGUGUUGAAGUAUGACUGUCUUUGGCAGUCUAGUUCUUGUUUCCUUUGGUCUGUCUUCCUACCUUGCCUUUCACAACUUACCCUUGUUCUAAUGGUACGCCUAAAUUAAACAUUUUGCCAAGUUG